AGUUGUAAUCAAAAACAUUAAGCACGUGUUAAAAUGUAGACCCAUUUUCCACCUGAAAAUCUGGUCAAAAUAAUUGUCGAAAUAUCGGUUUGAUGUGAAAUCAAAGAUUGGAUAUUGAUUGUCAUUAAAUCCAAGAUGUCACAGAAAAGCAGAAAUAACAAAUUACCGGACAACUUACCCCAGUUACAGAAUUUAAUCAAACGAGAUGGGGCUUCUUAUAGAGAAGAAUUUCUGCAACAAUAUCGUCAUUAUCAAUCACAUUUGGAGGUGUUUCGUCUCAAACCAUCUAAAUUUAUCCGGACUCUGAACGAACUUGUGACAUUCAUAGCUCAGAUUGCCCAGUGCUACAGAGAGGAACUUGCUACAUACCCACAGGAACUAUGUGACAUUCUUCAGACACAUGGAACUGUUCUUGAUCCCACAAUGAGAAUGACACUUGUGAAAGCUCUGAUUCUACUGAGAAACAAGAACUUAAUCCCUGCCACUAGUGUACUUGAGUUAUUUUUCAAACUCUUUCGAUGCCAAGAUAAAUUAUUAAGAAAAAUUCUUUUUAAUUACAUAAUAUCAGAUAUUAAAAAUGUAAAUGCUAAACACAAAGAUGCUAAGUUAAAUUCAACACUUCAGAAUUUCAUGUACACCAUGUUAAGAGAUAAUAACCAUACAGCAGCUAAAAUGUCACUCGAUGUCAUGAUUGAUUUAUACAGACGUAAUAUCUGGAAUGAUGCCAAAGUUGUUAAUGUUAUUUCGACAGCUUGUUUCUCUAAAGUAACUAAAGUUCUUGUUGCAGCAAUGAAAUUUUUCUUAGGUCAUAAUGAAGAGUCAGAUGAGGAGGAGGAUGACUAUGACAGUGAUAAUGAACAGAAAGAACCUACUAAGCAAAUAAAAAAGGCUAAAGUAAAUCUUAAAAUUGGUAAAAAGACAAGAAAAAGAAUAAGAAAAAUGGAUAAAGAGCUUAAAAUGGUCAAAAAAGUUCGACAUGGAAAGAAACCACCAAACUUUAAUUUUUCAGCUCUUCAUUUGCUGCAUGAUCCUCAGGAAUUCUGUGAAAAACUAUUCCAGAAACUUCAAACAUCUAAUGAACGCUUUGAGGUAAAGCUUAUGAUGAUGGACCUCAUCUCUCGUCUGAUAGGCAUACAUCAAUUAAUUCUGUGUAAUUUUUAUCCCUUCCUUCAGAAAUUUUUGCAACCUAGGCAAAAAGAAGUCACAAAGCUACUUUUAUUUGCUGCCCAAGCUAGUCAUCCAUUAGUUCCUCCAGAUUUAAUGGAAGAUGUGCUGAAAACCAUUGCGAAUAAUUUCAUCACAGAAAGAAAUGUCACAGAUGCUAUGGCUGUUGGUUUGAAUGCAACUAGAGAAAUUUGUGCCCGGUGCCCUUUAGCAAUGGGAGAUGACCUUCUUCAGGAUUUGGUUCAAUAUAAAUCACAUCGUGUAAAGUCUGUUAUCACAGCUGCUAGAUCACUUCUUCAUUUUUUCCGAGAAACAGAUCCAGAUAAGUUGAGACGGAAAGACCGAGGUAAACCAACAGAGGCCCAGAGAGAACUGAUUACUAGUCAGUAUGGUGAAGUAAAUGCUCUUAAUUAUAUUCCCGGAGCAGAAGCAUUGAGUUUGUUAAAAGAUGUUGAAGAAGAUGGGGAUGAAGAAAAUGAUGAAUGGGAGGAAUGUGAAGAUGAAGACGACAGUGAAGGAGAAUGGAUCGACGUUCAUCAUGAUGCUGAGCUUAAAGCAUCAGGAUCAGAAUCUGAAAGCGGUGAUGAAUCUGAGGAAGAACUAGAUGAAGCUGAAAGAAUAAAAAAAGCACAGGAAAUUCUUUCAACUCGUAUUCUAACACAAGCUGAGUUCAGAAGAAUCCAGAAGAGACAGUUAGCAAAACAGCUCCACGAUAGACCAAGAGGUAAAAAGAGAAGGUUUGACCAAAUUUCUCGAGGAGAAUUACCUCAUUUGUCAAACAUAGAAUCAAUUGAUAAAAAACACAAGAGUGAUAAAGAAUCUAAGAUGGCUGCUCACAAGGCAGAGAAAGAAAGUAGAGAAAAGCAAUCUUAUCAUCGGGAACGAUCAGAUCCAUUUGCCAGCACAACCAAUAAAGAGAAACGUAAAAACAAAAAUUUUCUUAUGUUGAGACCAAAAGCAACCCAGAAAAGAAAUAAGCGUUCUUUCAGGGAAAAACAGGUAUUAUUACGAGAUAAUUUACUGAGAAGAGCUAAGUUAAGGAGAAAAAAGAAAAUAUAAAUUAUGUACAUUAUAUUAUUAUCAUUGUUCAAAAUGAACUUCUUAGGAGACUUGUUGAUGGAUAUGAGAUAUAUUGUAAAAAUAUGUACAGUCCUGUGUUAAAAAGUAAAUAUUGUGUUUCUUUUUAGUGAGAGAUUAAAAUAUAUUUAUGAUCA